AAAAAAAUAGAUUAUGAAAUGGAGACGUCACUUGUACUUCCUAUCAUCGAUAUCUCUUCGCCGGACAAGAUAUCCACCGCACAGUUGAUUCGUAAGGCAUGUCUCGAACAUGGAUUCUUCUAUGUCAAGAACCAUGGCAUCUCUGAAGAAUUGAUGGAAGGGGUUUUUAAGGAGAGCAAAAGCUUCUUUAAUCUCCCUCUAGAUGAGAAGAUGUCUUUACUCCGCCGCGAUCUUCUCGGUUAUACUCCACUCUAUGCUGAGAAACUCGACCCCUCCUUGACCUCCUCCACAGGUGAUUCGAAGGAAAGCUUUUACUUUGGCUCUUUGGAAGGAGCUCUGGUUCAGCGUUAUCCAAAUCAAUGGCCUCCUGAAGAUCUCUUGCCAUCAUGGAGGCAAACCAUGGAAUGUUACUACAAGAAUGUUCUGUCCGUUGGUCGAAAGUUGCUCGGCUUGAUUGCCUUGGCAUUGGAUUUAGAUGAGGGUUUCUUUGAACAGAUCGGAGCCUUGAAUGAUCCUGCAGCAGUUGUUCGCCUCUUACGCUAUCCAGGUGAAGUGAUUUCGUCGGAUCUAGAAACAUAUGGUGCCUCAGCUCACUCGGAUUACGGGAUGGUCACUCUUCUUUUAACUGAUGGAGUCCCAGGACUUCAGGUUUGUAGAGACAAGUCAAGACAACCACGUGUUUGGGAAGAUGUGCCUGGAAUUAGAGGGGCGUUUAUUGUCAACAUUGGUGAUAUGAUGGAGAGAUGGAGCAAUGGAUUGUUCCGGUCUACAUUGCACAGAGUGAUGCCUGUUGGAAAAGAACGUUACUCGGUGGUUUUCUUCUUAGAUCCCAAUCCAGAUUGUAACGUGGAAUGUUUGGAGAGUUGUUGCAGCAAAACUUGUCCCCCAAGAUUCCCUCCUAUCCUCGCGGGCGACUAUAUUAAGGAGCGUUUCAGGCUAACCUACGACUCUUAGUUCUAGUCUGUACGCUUCUUUAUGAAUCAAUGGGACUACAUCGGACCAACCAACAGGUUUCCAACAAGAAGACCUUAUAUCUCCUCUGGGAGUUCAAGCUGUGCAUAUCAAAUCAUGUGAAAGAAAGACAGAUCAAGAAGAUAAAAUAGUUUUUUUUUGUCAUCAAGAUAAAAUAGUUUAUUACAGUUAAAAAAA